CCGUCGCCGCCGCAGCCGCCUCCACUGCCACGCGACAUGCAGAGCCACGCCGCGCCAGCCGCUAGGGGCGCAGCGCGGCCAGGGGCGGCCGGCACGGACGGCGGCCGCGCAGAUACGCGCAGAAGGCCACCCUCGAGGGCGCCGCGCUUGCCAGAGGCGAGUUUGGUGACUGCAGGGAGAAUGGAGCCAGAGGCACUCUUGCGUCAAAAUGAGGAUCUGCGGAGGAGGCUGGAAGAAGAAUCGGCAAGCUACAAAAGACGCCUUGAGACAUACAGGCAAGCACAGCAGCACCAGGCAGCACUUGUCAGCCGCCUUCAGGCAAAGGUUCUUCAGUACAAACAACGGUGCUCUGAACUGGAAAACCAAAUGGUGGAGGUAGCACCUGCAUCACCAGCCCGUGAAAUUCCUUCCAUGACGGCUGCUGUUGGAACAAUGGGAUUACGUGAGCGUGAUUCUGAACGCGUAUCUGACCUUGACACUGCCCUAAGGAAACUGGAUGAAGAGCGCCGCAAAUGUGAGAAGCUUAUGCAGCUCAAUACAACUUUACGUGACCAGUUAGAAGAAUGCCACCAAACAAAUGAAGCAUUGACAUCUGAUCUGCAGAAGCUAACUUCUGAUUGGGAACAAAUGCGGGAAGAGAUGAUGGCAAAGGAAGAUGAAUGGAAGGAAGAAGCUCAGGCAUUCAAUGAGUACUACACAAUGGAACAUCAUCGCUUACUGAAUCUGUGGAAGGAAGUGGUAUCAGUCAAACGUCUUUUUGCAGAAACGCAAGCUGCAACACAGCGCGAUCUUGCACGUAUUGGAGCAGAAGUUAGCAGUACUUCACGUGAAGUGUGUUCAGUCUGCAGCAGUGUGGCAUCUACUCUGCGACAAGCUCCACGUGCAGGGGAGCAGAUGCAGCAGAGGCAUGAACAGCAGGAAGCAGAAUUACGAGCAGAGUUGGCCACUGCUAGAAGGCAGGCAGAUCUAGCUGCUGCAGAAGUUCGGGAAAGAGAUGAACGUAUCCAGCAGCUUGCAAGAGAUCUACAGACACUGGAAGAACGCUGUGGAGAAGCAGAACAGAAUUUGAGCCAAGUGUCCCGUGUGCAAGAAGAACUGGAGUUGUUGCAAGGUGCAUUACGAGACAUUGCUCACGCUGUGAUUCAAGAUUCAGAAUCACGUGAACGGGAAGUUGACUCUACACCACACACAUCACCCCAUGUACAUCUCUCCCAACAGGGACCACCACCACCUAGGUCACCAAAGCGCUCCAUGCGCACGCCAACAUCUCAGGCAUUUGCUGAGAGCACAAUCUCUGCAGUUCAAGCAGCUCUGCACAAAUACCAGCUACAGAUUCAUGAACUACAGGUGAAGCUGCAGACAAGCAGAGAGCAGCUUAUGACAUGCAGAAAGCAGUGUGAAGCAGCUGAAGAAGCCCAAAAUGUCCUGAAUAGCCGUGUUUCGGAAUUAACAGUGCAGUGGGACACUUGCCGAGCCCAUGGAGCACAGCUACAGCAGGACAAGGACAGCCUUCAGCGUGCACUUGACGGUGUGCGAGCAGACAAGGCUGCUCUGGAAAGGGCUCGUCAGGAUUUAACUGCUGCUUUGGACACCAUGAAUAGUGACUACGAUAAACUGCAGAAAUCCCAUGUAAGACUACAGAAAAUGUGCAACAGUCUUGAAGAUGAAAAACUCUUCUUACAAAGUGAACUAGACAGGAUUACAAAGGAUUCAGAAAUUAGGGAAAUAAAUAUGCGUGCAGAAGAAGAGCGAUGUAGUCGAUUACGAGAAGAGCUCCUCACACUCCGUGAAGAGUUAAAUCAUGCCCAAAUGGCACGUGAUAUGCUUGAGCAGCAGAAGUUAGAGACAGACCUAUUAAUAUCACAGCUUGAAAAAGGGAAAGGUGAUAUAGAUUUGGAGCUAGAACGUAUCCUCCUUGAAAAAUCUGAUGUACAAGAAGCACUGGUUAAGGCAGAAACAGUGUGUGCUAGUCUGGAGCAAGAUAAAAAGCGACUUCAAGAUGAAAUUAAGAAACUUGAAGAUGAGAAGGCAGCCUUACACAGCCAGAGCAUUGACCAGCAGAAUGAUCUGGGUUCACUAAGGAAAGAGCUGUUGCAAGCUGAACAGACACGCUUGGAUCUGGAGUCAGAUAAAGUAUCACUUCAAGAGAAGGUUAAGUUCCUGGAAAUUGAAAAGGAAAAGGUGGAGGUAGAGUUGGCUCAAGUAACACGUGAACGAGGUGACUUAAGUAACCAGCUGUCAGCUCUUGCUCGCAAAAAGGAAGCAUUAAAUGAAGAACUAAUGAGGGUGAAACAAAGGUUAGAACAAGCUACUGAAACUAAUGGUAGACUGAAUAGGGAUCUUGAGGACCUUGUGAAAGACAAAGAAGAGAAACAGGUAAUGUUAGAAACAAGUGAGAAAGAAAUUCAGAGACUUCAAGAGCAACUAGCUGCAAUGAGGAGUGAGAAAGAAGCCCUGGAAGGAGUGCUGUUUGAUACACAAACAAACCUAGAAACAGCAGAAACAAGACGUGUGCAGCUGGAGCAAGAGCAGCAGGAUCUGUUAGUGAAACAAGAGUCACUCAAGGGUCAGGUUUGUCGACUGACACGUGAACUUGAAACUUCAGAAAAGCGUGCUCAAGAUAUAAAGACCUCACUCACACAGCAGUCGGGUACGCAAGAAGCAGAAUAUCAACAUACCCUUUCAAAUUUGCGUAAAUCCAAUGAGGAUAAUGUACGAAAACUUUCUGAAGAAAAGGAACAAGUGCGAAUAUCUUUGGAAAAACGUAUGCAGCAAUCAUUGCAGCAGCUGGCUAUAGAGAAGGAUACUGAGAUACAACACUUACAGCAACAACUAGAGCAACUUCAACAGCAUCUAGAACAUGUGUGUCAACAACACGAAGAGGUUAUGCUGCGAGCAGAAAAUGAGAAACAGCAAGCUCUUCUUAUAGCACACCAUGAUCACCAAGCAGUUCAAGCAAAAUUAGAAUCAGUUCAACGGGAACUGGAGCAGGAGCAAGCAGCAUUGGAGCGGCUUAGACGUGAUUCAUCAGUACGUGCAGAGCAGGAUCGUGCCAGUGUCAAUCAGUUACGAGAGGAACUUGCCAGACUCAAAGCAAGAUUGGAUGAAGCUAGAGUAAGAGGAGAAGAUGAAAGAGCUAAGCUUGAAGCAUCCGCUGCUGAAAUUCGUAAGGAUCGUGAUCUUGCUCAACAAGAAGCUCAAGAACUGAAAGUUCAGUUACAUCUAGCUGAAGACAGAUAUGACAGUUGUCAUCAGCAACUGCAGGAGACACUGCGCAAACUUAAAGAAUUGGAAAAUAGCAGUGAAAUGCUGCGCAAGGAGCUAACCGAUGUCAGAAGACAGCUUGCAGAUAGCAACUAUGAAAAAGACAAGUACAGCAGCUCCAAUAAAGAAUUAAGAGAAUAUGUGAAACGUAUUGAGGGUGAAAAACGUGAACAGAGCCGCACCCUAGAAGAUGCAUAUCAGAAGAUAGCAAGUUUAGAAGAUGUGAAGGCAACACUCGACAGUGAACGGGCAAGGCUACAGGGCCAGCUGCGUGAGGUGGAGAGACAACAACUACAGACAGCUCAGCAGCUCCAGGCUACUCAAGAAGAACUGUCGCGUACUCGAGCAGAAGGUAGCCAGAGGCUCAAUGAAGAGCGUGAACUUCAAGCACGGCUAACUACAGAAAUUGAAGAACGAGAGCGAGCUCAGCAGGAAGUACACACUCUUCGCAAACAGCUUGCAGAGGUGGAAUCUGGUGCGGAACAGCUACGCCAGGAAUGUGGAAGAUUGAGGUCACGGGGUGCUGAGCAGGAGGAGCAGUGGCGGAUGAGAGAGCAGGAGUUGGCAGUCAGACUGGAAGAUGGCCGCUGCCGAGAGAGAAAAUUGGAGGACCAGAGGCACAACCUUGAAGUGUGUCUUGCAGAUGCUACUCAACAAAUACAAGAGCUGAAGGCUAGACUUGGUGGUGCAGAGGGCAGAGUCAGAGCCCUAGAUCAGCAACUAGUACAACUGGAAUCUGCUAAGAAAGAAGUGGAGCAGAAGUUAAGCAGUGUUGGAUCAACACUACGAAGAAUUGCUGGCAUACAGAUGGAUGGAAGUGUCACACUUCCAUACAGGUUGCUCAGCCCCUCAAGACGUUGGAGCCCAGUCCGAGCAGCUCAGGAUGCAGAUUCACGAGGUGAGGGUGUUAUUGAUGUUGAUCCGGAACUUGUUAGAAAAGGAGUGCGGUCCCUCAUGCAUCAAGUUGCUCAAAUAGAACGAGAAAGGGAUGAUUACAAGACCCAAGUGGGAAGCAUGAAGCGCCAGUUGCAAGAGGUUCAAGACCUAAAUGCUAAAACAGAAACAAAACUAAGUUCUGCCUUGCAAAGUCUGCGUUCACUACAGGAUGAGAAGGGAAGCCUAGAAAUGAAGCUUGGACAGAAGCAGACAGCUCUACAAGCUCAGGCUGAUGCAAUGCAGCAGAAAUCAGAAGAGUUACAACAACUCAGGGAGAAAGUUACAACACUGGAAUUGAACAUGCAAAGUAGUUCAGAAGAGAAAGGUCAAUAUGAGGAUAAACUGGAAAAGUUAAAGCAAGCAUUAUCAAAAUGUGAGGGAGAAAAACGGAACUUGCAAGAGGAAUUGAGCCGUAGUGAAUCACGUGCAACCAAACUAGAGCUGCAGCGCAUGGGGCUUGAAGGAGAUCUUCAGCGGCUUCACAUGAUGCUUCAGGAGAAAGAUGCACUUUUGCAGAAAAUGCAAGAGAAAUGCGACACACAGGCUCGUAGCUUGACAGGCUUGGAAGAACGAUGUGCAUCCCUGAAGACAACAAUUGAACAAUUAAACCUUGCUCUGGAGCGUGCAAGUACAGCUGAACAGGAGCUUCGAACAGAAAUACAAGCACUUGAGCGAGCUCUUGCCGAUUCUAGUUCCACUGCCCAGAGUAGUAUGGAGAGGCUUAAACAGUUGCAGAAGUCUUUAACCAACAGUGAAAAUGAACGGCGUGUUCUGUCUGAGAGACUAGAUGCAGCGCAACAGAGCAAUGCAGAGCUUCGACGUUCACAGCAGCAGUUGCAGGAGCAGACACAACGUCUUCAAGUAGAGUUAGCAGAUGCAGAAGUCACACGAUCAGGGCUAGAGGCUCAAUUACGUUUGGCUGCCUGGCCAUCUGAUGGCGCAACCUCUGGACAGUUGCCUGGCCGUGAUGAUGAGCUUAACCGCCAACUUGCUGCAUCCCAAAGGGACCGCUCUGAAUUACGUGGUCGUGUUGAAGCACUCUCAGACAAGGUACGUCAGUUAGAAGCAGAGAAACGCAGUUUGGAACGCAGCAGCAAAGCAAUGAUGUCAAGCCGUAGCAAGAGCUAUGAGCGACCAGAGAAGACGGAUACUGCAGAAAUUCAAGCAGUGGAGAAGGAGAACCGUGAUCUGCGACUGCAAGUGCGGCGGUUAGAAGCACAGCUGGCUGAAAAGGAGUCAGAGCUGGCAAGAUUACGUUCACAGCACUCUGACCAGAGACCAGAUCGUUCUGCAGAGCUGGAAAGAGUGAGGGCAGCACAGCUACAAGCAGAACGCCUGUUGGAAGCUCGGGAGCAGUCUCACCGGCAGCAGGUGCUUCGUCUUGAAAAUCAGAUCCAAUUAUUGCGGGAGCAGCUGGCACAAGAAGUGAAGCGGCGUCAACUUUAUGUACUACGGAGCUCAAGAACUGGUCGAGAAAUGCAGCAGUUAAGACAGGCACUUGGAGAUUCCUUACGCACAGUGGCACAGGAUCCUGGGCUUGAUGCUCUCCUGCUAGAGCACGAGACUCGAAAACUUGAUACAACAUUAGCAUCUGCCACAGGCACUUCACCACAACCUCCAACCUCAGCCCUUGCUCUUCCUCCACCAUCAUCACAUCACUCGUAUUCUGAUGGGCAACCAAAGUGACCUUAAUGUCUGUUCUAAAUGAGAUGCACAGCUUUCUGGUGCGUAAUGCCCUGCAUUUGCUCACCAUUCAUUGGCAGAGCAACUCCUUCAAACACAUCAAGAAUUUGUUUCCUUAAAUAUACUGACAUGUACAAGAAUAUUCUGAACUUCUGUCCAAUCACUGCCAUUUAAUGUGAAUCAUUUCAUAAAAGUUUGCAGAAGCGACUUAGAACAGAUUUAUAAUUUUUAUACAUUGUUGAAACCCAUUGUUCAUAGUUAACUCACUGUUUUAUAAUGAACUUAAGAAUGAUGUAACAAAAGGAGACAAAUGUAAUAUUGUAUUUUGGUAGGAGUGUUUUAAUAUUUCUGCAACUGUUGUAUCAUUCACGGAGUUAUGGCUAGCAAAUCCAUCCAGUGGAAUUGUAAUGUAUUCUCUUUUUAAAAUGACAGCUUUAGUAAGCAGUGGCAUGGGAGAAGUAACCUGCCGGGCUAAAUACUGCAACUGUAUUUUGGGAGCACAGUAUACAAUGGAAUAACAAGUUCAUGGUGAUUGUAACUAGCACAAACGAAAAACACUUUUUUACUGCAAUUCAAUAAUUUUUUAGCAGACACAGAAUGUGAAUUGUGGCAAUUAUGUGCACUGACAUAAUUGUAGAAAAGCUCACAAGUAAGAGUAAGUAUUUAGAUGGUGUCAUUGUAGGUUUACUGAUAGAUAACUGCAGUGUUAUUUCCAAAAUAUAUUUAUUGUUUAGUUUACAUUUAUGUGAAAAGUGAGACCUUUUAGGAAGUAUUUGUUCCUGUGCUUCAUAGUUAUUGGCUUCAGCCUUAUUUUUCAGUUCCUGUGCAGAUCGGAGAGGCAAGGGGAACUCACAUGUUUCACUAGAAGUUUGUAUUUACUAGAUAUGUCAUGUUUUGAGAGAUUAGUCACAUCAAAACUUGUUCACAGAAUAAUCAGCUCUCUAUUAAUUACUAUGGGUGUGAUGAUAAAAUGAAUACACAAUGGCAUUAAUGCUCAGUGAAAUGUAUGUUCUAAUAGUCCAUAGUCCCUGUAUUGAGAGGUGGGGAGAAGUUUGUAAGGUGCUUAUGAAAAUCAAACAUGACAAAAUACAGAUAAUUUUCUUACAUAUACAAUUCUCGGACUGCAGACUUCAGGCACAUUUGGGCUGAAGCGGUCGGAAACAGUGUGAGGGUUGUGCGUGUGUGAAUAUGUGUGUUUUCUAUUUCCAAAGAAUUUUUUCCUCUAAACUACACAGUGGAUAGCCCAUGCUUUUGUUUCUCUGCUUCUUCAAGUUCGCAAUUUCUUUUAAGAAAUUGGACUAGUUUACUGUUUCGGUUUUUAUUUUUUAGAAUAUAUUUCAUAAACUCUUUAAAGCACCUUGUGAAAUGAUAUUUUUGCUGGUUUUUAUAUCGUGCUUUUGAAAUUAUUUUUUUCUUACUGAAAUUUUUUCCAUCAUUGUAAUUUUAUUAUAUAGGACUUUAUCACAUUCAGUAUUCUAUUAUGUUUUGCCAUAGUUAUUUCCUUCACUAUUUUGGUGAUUGUUCUGAAGAUUUGUUCCCAACUUUCAUUGUUAAUUUCCUAUAAUUAUGAGCUAAAUUUGCAAAUAUAAUCCCUAAUUUCUUUGAGAGUCUAGAUGUAUUCCCUUCUACCAUUAUUCUGCAGCUUUGCUAAUAUUUCAUCCUCGGCUACCUCAGUGUUGACAGUAAACUUUAACUUUCAUUUGAAUAUUUGGUUUCGAAAAAUGUUGGCCUAUUGUAAUAUCAGUUUCUUUUCCAGCUCCGAAUUUCAUGGGCUCCUCCUUUUAUACUAACACUACUACAUGAUUUAUUCAAAAUUAUCCAAGUACCAUAUUUUGACAUUCACAAAUAUUUUGUUUCCCAUGACAUUAUAAAAAGAGGUACAUGCAUCAAACAAAAAAAAUUCAGAUGGAAAAAUAGUUAAGAUAACAAAGAGCCAGAAAGGCUUCCUAGUGCUUUCCUGUUGACAGCACAAUUCCUAGUACCAUGAAUAGAAACAGUUUGCCUUGCCUCAUUGUUACUACAGG